UCUUGAAAGAAGUUAAAUACCUUAAGAUUGGCAAAGCCAAAACAUGCAGAGUUUUGAAACUCAAAGCCUGUCAAUGCCUUCCAUCUCUUUGUUUCUGUUUCUCUCCUUCUUUCUCACAGCUUCAGCUCAACAAAAACAGACCAACAUAAGCAUAGGGUCUUCACUCACACCCACAACCAACUCCUCUUGGUUAUCACCCUCUGGUCUUUAUGCCUUUGGAUUCUAUCCACAAGGCAAUGGCUUUGGCAUUGGUAUCUUUCUUGCUGGAAUUCCUCAGAGAACUGUUGUAUGGACUGCCAAUCGGGAUGGUCCGCUGGUCAGCAACAAUGCUACCUUGCUCUUAACCAACGAUUCUGGGCUUGUCUUGCAAGAGCAAGGCCAAACCAAAACAAUUAUUUCUUAUCCACAACCACCUUCUUCAGCUUCCUUGUUUGAUUCAGGCAAUUUUGUGCUCUAUACAUCUGAGCUUGAUAAAAUAUGGCAGAGUUUUGAGCACCCAACUGAUACCCUUUUGCCUUCUCAACGUCUUGAAGCUGGUUCGGAGCUGGUUUCUGCUGCUUCACGAAAUGACCAUUCAUCAGGAAUUUUCCGGCUUUCUAUGCAAGACGAUGGAAACCUUGUGCAGUAUCCGGUGGCAACUCUUCCGACUGCUGUACAUGCUUAUUGGUCUUCUGUUACAUCUGGACGGGGCAAUAAUGUGUCCCUGAAUUUUGCUCAUGAUGGCCAUCUCUACUUGCUUAAUUCGACUGGUUUCAACAUAAAGAAUCUCACAGGUGGAGGGUAUCCCACAAACGAAACAAUUUACAUUAUGAGAAUUGAUUUUGAUGGGAUAUUCAGACUGUACUCGCACAAUCUGAAACAAGAUGGAAACUGGUCUGCUUUAUGGCGAUCCUCAAACAAUAAGUGUGAUCCCAAGGGACUCUGCGGUUUGAAUAGCUAUUGUGUUUUAAAUGAUCAGGAACCUGACUGUAUAUGUAUUCCAGGAUUUGUAGCUGGUAUGCAGAAUAAUUGGACUGCUGGAUGUGAGAGAAAUUUCAUUCCUGGAAGUUGCGAAGAUAAAAAUGGAGAUAUCAGAAUUCAAGAAAUUACUAAUAGUGGAUGGGAGGAAGAUUCGUAUUCUGUUCUCACAGUAUUUACGAAAGAAGAUUGUGAGAGAGCAUGUCUGGAGGACUGCAACUGUGAUGCUGCUUUUUUCAAUAAUAUGCAGUGCAGAAAGCAAAGGCUGCCUCUAAGAUAUGGGAAAAGAAAUUUGGGUGACUCAAACAUAGCCUUGAUCAAGGUUGGCAAAUCCAUAUCCACCACAGACAGAAUCGAGCCUGGAAAGACAAAGAGUGAUGAUAAGCUUGACAAUGCUAUGCUAAUUCUCAGUUGUUCAAUUGCUGCUGUUGGGUUUUUUAUGUUGGCAAUUUCUGGUAUUCUGUUUUAUAGAUCUCGUGUCCAGGCAUACAAAAGAUUGUCUGCAACUGAGAAUGUUGGAUUAAGUGAGGAAGUUUCCCCUCGAUCUUAUACCUUCACAGAGCUAGAGAAAAUUACAGAUGGUUUCAAGGAAGAAAUUGGCAGAGGUUCAUUUGGGGCUGUUUAUAAAGGGCUACUAUUGAGCACCCAGAAAGGUGCAGCAGUUAAAAGAUUAGAAGGAGUUGCAUCUCAAGGGGAAAGAGAAUUCCAAACUGAAGUGAAGGUUAUUGGGAAGACACAUCAUAAGAACCUAGUACGCCUACUAGGUUAUUGCAAUGAAGGACCUCAUAGGCUGUUGGUAUACGAGUACAUGAGCAAUGGGUCUCUUGCUGAUGUAUUAUUCUGUCAUGAAAAAAGACCUUGUUUUGCAGAAAGAGUGGAGAUUGCUCGUAACAUAGCAAAAGGCAUCCUCUAUCUACAUGAAGAGUGCGAGACGCAGAUCAUCCACUGUGAUAUAAAACCAGAAAACAUACUACUAGAUGAGUAUGGAUGUCCAAAAAUUUCCGACUUCGGAUUGGCAAAGCUACUGAAACCAGAACAAACAAAAACCUUUACAGGAAUCAGAGGGACAAGAGGAUACGUUGCACCAGAGUGGCACCGUAAGCUGCCUGUCACAGUUAAAGCUGACGUUUAUAGUUUUGGAAUUGUACUGUUGGAGAUUGCAUGUUGCAGGAGGAAUGUGGAUCAUGCACUUCCAGAGAUUGAAUCUAUUCUUGUGGAUUGGGUUUAUCAUUGUUUUGAAGGUGGUGAGCUAGAUAAAUUAGCGGGUGAUGAAGAGGUGGACAAGAAACAAAUGAACAGAAUGAUCAAAGUGGGGCUAUGGUGUACUUUGGAUGAACCAUCAAUUCGCCCUUCCAUGAAAAAGGUGUUGUUGAUGUUAGAAGGGACAAUAGACAUCCCAAUACCUCCAAGUCCUACUUCUUUUCUCAGUACCAUUUAAGAUUUGUGCUUUUUCUCUCUGCUUUUUGUUACUUUUCACUUCACUUGGUAAGUUUCUUGUAUUGCAUUUAUAACUAUCAGUCUAUUUCAGCAGGUACCAAUGGGUCAUUCAUUAAAAAUAUUUUCGUUUGCAAAUCAGCUUACAUAGAUUGAGAUUAGAUCCUCUUUCUCACAUCAAUAUAGUAUUUUCAUAGUUGUAUUAUUUCUAGAACUAGUACCACUCAAAGUGCUGUAAGCAAAGCAAGCACCUUGAUGUAGAGGAGCUGGAAAUGCUACCGGAGGCAUACUUUGUUCAAAUUGAUGAUACAUUGAACAAACUGUACACGGUAAGCAACUUAAACUUCGGAUUUGGUUUGUUGGUUUUUUCAAGAAUUGGAGGAAAAAUGAGUACGUUCAUUGAACUUGUACGAAAAUCAGGAAUCAGCCAGCUACAGUAGCUCGAUCGGUUGAAUCUGGUAUCAUUAAUGGCAACUAAAUCCUUCACUAUUACAACUCAACUACAUGGUUCUUCUGAUGGUUGUGUAAAUUUUGAUCGUUACUAACUUUUUAUGCAUCUGUGCACAUUCUUGUUUCAC